CCGCGCGCCACGCCGUCCGUCUCCAGGGCAACCCGGCUCCUCCUAGCAACCGCUCAGCCCUGCUAUGGCGGCCGCGGGUCCCAGUGUCUUCCUGCUCAUGGUCAACGGGCAGGUGGAGAGCGCCCAGUUUCCUGAGUAUGACGAUCUCUACUGCAAGUACUGUUUCGUGUACGGCCAGGACUGGGCCCCCACGGCGGGGCUGGAGGAGGGCAUCUCCCAGAUCACGUCCAAGAGCCAGGAUGCGCGGCGCGCGCUGGUGUGGAACUUCCCCAUCGACGUCACCUUUAAGAGCACCAACCCCUACGGCUGGCCGCAGAUCGUGCUUAGCGUAUAUGGGCCGGACGUGUUCGGGAACGACGUGGUCCGAGGCUACGGGGCGGUGCAUGUGCCCUUCUCACCCGGACGGCACAAAAAGACCAUCCCCAUGUUUGUCCCAGAAUCUGUGUCUAAACUGCAAAAGUUUACCAGCUGGUUCAUGGGACGGCGGCCCGAGUACACAGACCCCAAGGUGGUGGCUCAGGGGGAAGGCCGGGAAGUGACCCGCGUCCGCUCCCAGGGCUUCGUCACUCUCCUCUUCAACGUGGUGACCAAGGACAUGAGGAAGCUGGGCUAUGACACCGGGCCUCCGGACACACAGGGGGUCUCGGGGCCCAGCACGCCCCAGGGCCUCCCCCGGUGAAGGCAUCGGCCCCCUGGGACGGCCCAGCGACCCACCUGCCUGACCUGCUUCGAGGGUGGCGGGUGUUUGUGUAAUAAAGUGUCACCUUUUCACAGA